AUGCUCGAUUCAGAUUCAGAUUCUACGCCCCCACAACGGUGGAUGAAUGAACUCAAUACCAGAUGCACGAAGGCGGAAUGUGGGUCACCAAUCAAAAUACCCAAACUUGAGCUGCAGCAGCAAGACUCUCACAAGCAUGCCCCAGAGAAGUAG